GAUAUCUUCAAUAUGAAGACACAGCUUGUGUUUGUCUUUAUACUGUUCCUUCUCAAGCACAAAGUCACCUACGCUACGAUGUGGCCGACUCAAGGAUAUUCAGAGAUUGACGUGUACUUGCAAGGAUUCACUCUUGAAUCGUCCAAGGUGGAAACAAUCUUUGAAUGUUACAGAAAGUGUGAGGACAACAUAAAUUGUGCAAGCAUCAACAUGAACCUGACGAACAAGACAUGUGAACUGAAGUACUCUACCAAGACCAGACACCCAGAGAAGAUUGUUAGCCAACAAAACACCAUCUACAUGAAGAUACGGGAUGCUCUCGGGUUUUCUCCUCAUAACCCAAUAUUAUCCUGUAAAUGGUUCAAGAACAUUGAAAACCAGGCAAAGUCAGGCGUUUACUGGAUGAAAUUCAAUGAGCCAUCCUCUGCGCCAUUCCAAGUGUUCUGUGACAUGACCACAGAUGGAGGAGGCUGGACCCUUGUCUACAGCUAUACAUUUACUCAGUACAGUGCGUUUCAUUCACCUGCGAACGCAGUCACUUUAAUGCCACACUGGCCUGUGGACACGUCUUCUUAUACAUGGGUGCCACAGUCAACGACAACCCCGCUCAGUGAGUCUUCUCGCACGGCCAUGGAUUUUUCUCUGUGGAAAAAGAUUGGUAACGAGUUCCUUCUGAAGCCUAAUAUCACUAACUGGGUAGCCUGUGUAGAAGGAACCGGAAGUCUUGUGAACUUUGUGGCAGGAAGUCUGACGUGUAGAGUUGUCAAGGCCAUUACACCAACCUGUACCACUGUCGCUCCAAACUCGUUCAUAAUUCUUCAAUCUUGUGGGCCAGUUUUAUCCUUGAAUACUAAUUAUUACAUUGUAUUAAAUGGAAGAACCGACCGUUUCUGGCCUGUCCAUGACCCUUGUAGCACCACAUCUCCUGGUAAUCACCUGACCAAUGUAGCCAAUCCUGGUGAAGCGAUUUACAUUCGCUGAGAGAGGAAUACAUCAUAUUGAUACCUUCCACAUGGGGAUUAUGCAAAGACAGAAGACUCAACAUAUAAGCCUACUCGGUUAACUCUAUAACUGUAAUGUAUGCACGGUCUAAAACAUAUCAUCCGGGACUUGUUGAGUCGACAAUAAUAAAGAAUAACUGAGUGAAAAAUUAAUAUUUGAAUAACUUAAAAUGCACCUGUCAACUGUCUAGCUAUGAGGCUAUUCUAGCUCAUCAUUACGAAAAAUAUUGAAGAAAAAUAGCCUACUAUUAUACUAUCUAAUGUUACGACACGAUAAACGAUAGCUCUGAUUUGAUCAUGACGGUGCUAUGGCAAGGCAUUCUCAUAAUAGCGAUUAUUUCAGGUGCUGUGAUUGUUGGUUGAGUUGAUGUAAUGAAAUCAGUAGCGUAACAGCCUUCACAGUCCUACGAAAUCAAGUUUACAUCACAUCACUGCAUAUUUAAGGCCUGGACGAAAACACGAUAUUUAUUCCUUGUA